UUAGUCAUCAUUUCUUGGGCUUGGCUUGGGCUUGGUCAGUGGUCCAUGUGCUCGUGCCUCAGUGAGCGCGGAUGCUUACGCACACAAGUCCAGCAUCAGCAGAGGGGAUGCAACCCUGCAAGGAGACGGGACUUGGACAAACUGGCCCUCAUUUGUGGCGAAAAGAAAGAGGAAAUACAUAAUCCGCCUUUGCAACUCGGUUUUGGUUGUGUUGUUUUUGGUUUUUUUUUGUUUCUGUUGUGUUUUUUUAACGGGAUGCACUAUUUCGAGUAAGUUUCCGUCUGCCCGGGAUGCGCGCGCUGGUUGUGAAAGUGUGAGGCACAUCACCAUGGCGGAUGACGUCCCAAAAUGAACGCAGAUUUUGAAAAUCCACUACAAGUCCCUCGACCAAAGAUUCACAGUCAUCUUACCAUCAAGGUACAGUCCAAGCUGAUGUCAAGGCCUUGUCUCCCUGUCCGUGGUCCUAAACCUCCUGUUGCCCCAAAGCCCAGACCCCUGUCUGAGCCUUCCAUAAAGGGACCGCUGUGUCCCCAGCGUAGCCUCAGCAAUGGAGACCUUCGUCCCUCUCUUGGGGAAACUGAAUAUUUUCAUGAGGUGGCUGCAAAGGAGCAAGAGAAAGAGGAGACAAUAGAGGCAGAGGGUAAAUAUUAUGAAAACGGGACAAAAGACAGUGACAGAGACUGUUGUGAGAAUCUAGGUGGAGAAAUUGUGGAAGAAGUGGUGGAAGGAGAGGCAGUGAGUGAUUCUGCUGAAACAUGGAGCACUGGCUCUGUGGAUACGCUCAAAGCAGUAGAGGAGGCUACUGUUGACACUACUGAGGAAGAAAACACUGAGGAUGACUUGAAUACACAUGAAGAAGACAGUGAUGAUGCAUUAACAUGCAACAAUCACAGAGUCAAUGACAAAAUGUUAACAUCUACACUCCUGCAGACUGAAAUAGGACAUGAAGCAGGGGGUGCGGAGGAGGACAAAUCAAGUUUAAGUGAAAAGACUGAAACACGAGGGUGUCAUACAGAAAACCCAAAUGAAUCUGUAGUAGGGCAAAGCACUGAUCAAAGGCCAUUGGCCUGUGGGUGCAUUAAAAACAGUGAGAGUGGAUUUGAAGAGGACAGGAUUGUACUAAGUGGAGACUGUUUGCAAUGUGAAUCAUCCACAGAUGAGACUGAGGAUGAGGCGAGAGGAUUCACAUUUGGACCCCGCUUCUGCAUGCUUCCCACUCUGAGUGAAGAGUAUCCCUAUGAUGUAAUUGGUCCUACAGAUGAUGCAAGUGAUACAUGUGACUCAUGUGACCCAGCUGAGACAGGAGAUAUGGGGGCAUGGCAACCAGAGCGGGCCACCAAGGACCCAUCUGGGCGUUUUCGUUUUACAGCCAGCACUGAGGAUGUGUUUGGGCCUUAUUCUGUCAUCGAGGCUGUACCAGCUGAUGUGACCAGCACCACUGACCCCGAGUGGUGCCAAGAUGAUAAAGAUGACAAACCUUCAAAUGAACUGGAGACCGCAGGCACUUCCAACCAAGAGCCCUACUAUGUGUCAUCAGAUGAUGUGGACAAGCAAGAAGACACACAAGCCUCUGCAGGGGACAGUGAGAAUCAGAAUGGCACAGAACUGUCCAAAGAUAACGAUGAAACAGAGAGCACUGUGUCGGUGGAUGAGUAUGCAGACAUUGAAGAUUCCCUCUGCCCUGAGGAGAAUAAUUUCCAGCAGUUAGAAUGUGUCUCAUCAGAGGACUAUGUUGAAAUAGGGGAUGAAGAUGAAGAAGAGGAAGACAAGGAAAAGAAACACAUUAAAGUUAAGAGCAUACGAGAGAGAACAGCCAAACGAGAGCAGGCUUUCCAUAGUCAGAGAAACAGCUGCCAGCCUCGCCUCAGGCUUUGCAACAUCACAGUACCAGCAGACCUGGACCUGGGCCGAACCCCUGAGCUUACCAACAGGGUGGUAUUUGCCCACACCACUGAAGCCUUUGAAGAAGACAUAGAGGAGCUGGACUGCCAUAUUGUGCCUUAUUACGAUGACACAGACUCAGAUAGUGAAGAGCAUAUAUACGAGGAAGCUGGGUUUGAUUCAGAAGGUGAGAAUUUUGUGUCACUGGACCGGAAAACCAUUGUGACACGAUCACGGUCUUACUCUGGGAAAAUUACAGGCUAUGUUCCUGAGACUGUUCCAGAGGAGACAGGGACAGAGUACCAAACUAAUGACUACUGCACAGUGGCCUUGGAUCAAAACAAUGACACUCUGAGUCACUCAGAACACCAAGAGAUAAACCGUAUGAUCCCAUCUCUGAAGCCUCGUCGCUUCCUCUUCUACUCACAUUCUGCAGAGGGUCCAGAAUUCAGAGGGUCUUUGACCAGCCCCACAGAAAUUGACCACUUCCACAGGGAAGAAGGAAAACUGAACAGAAAAGAUGAUACCCUUUCCCUUCCUUGUGUAAUAACCUCUUCUGGAAGUUUCUCUCAACGUAGCCAUCACUCUUCAAGUGGUGUUUCUACACCAACCUCUCUUGUAGACAUCCCACCACCGUUUGAGCUAGCAUACAUCACUAAGAGACCAGUCACCAAGAGUUCUCCUUCCCUCCUGAUCCAACAUGAAACCACAGAUAAACCGAAAAAGAAAACAUCUUCUUUCAAGCGCUUCCUGGCCCUUAAGUUUAAGAGAAAGACAGAGUCAAAGGGUUUCAGUGAUGGAAGUGUCCGCUCUUCACGCUCUUCAUCUGAGUCCAGCCACCAUGGCCCAGUUAGAAUCAUAGAGCUUGACCGUCAAAGCACCAACAGUUCCCCUCAACUCCAGUCCCACAUGGUGAAGCACCAGCAAUGCCAUUCAGACCUGCCCUCCACCUUUGUCCUCUACAAAGACCACCAGAGGAGGAAGGGGGACCCCAAAGCCUACGGUGGCAGGGGUGUUUCGCGAGUAGAGUCUUUUGAGGAGCGUUCUCGUCGCCCCCUCAUGCCACUCCCUUUGACAAAACCCCGCUCCAUUUCCUUCCCAAGUGCCGACACCUCAGACUAUGAGAACAUCCCAGCCAUGAGCUCUGAUUACGAAAACAUCCAGAUCCCUGGCAGACCCACAAGGGCUCUCACUGUCACUGAUUUUUUUGAGGACCCAAAUCGCACAACGAUUACUGCCAAUGAGAAUGAUGGCUAUGUGGAUAUGAACAGCUUCCAGGGGAUUGAUAGCAAACUACAGUCACCUAAAGAAGAGGCUGAAAGUGCCUAUACAGAGCCUUUCCCAGUGGACCACAUCUCUGCUGGGGUUUCAGCUGAAGAAGACCAUGGCCGUACCUCAGAAGAGGAAGAUGGGGGUGUGGAACAAGGUUAUGAUCGACAGAUUGAUGGGCGAUCUCGAGCCUUCUACGUUGCCAAAGAGCUUAUUGACUCUGAAAGACUGCAUGUCAACACCCUCAAGCACCUUCAAGAGGACUUUAGAUCUGCUGUGGCUGAGGCAGUGGGUGAGGAUGAGGAGCCGGUGCUGGGGGAACAGAGGCUGGAAGAGAUACUGAGCGUGCUCCCUCAAGUCUACACCCUCCACAGCAACAUCCUCACUGAGCUGGAGGAGCGCAUCAGUCAGUGGGAAGAGAGCCAGAAGGUGGUAGAUGUAAUCCUGUCACGUGUUGAAGACUUUAAGGUGUUUGACACCUAUAUCUCCGAGUAUGACCGCAGCAUGUCCCUGCUGGAGGAGAACCUCAGGAACAACCCUGCUUUUGCUGACAUCGUCAAGAAGUUUGAGCAGGGCCCAGAGGGUGCCACGGUCCCUCUUAAACACCAGUUGCUGUUGGUAAUAGUGAGAGUUCUCCAGUAUCGCAUGCUACUCACAGAUUAUCUGAACAAUCUCUCUCCCGAUUCUAAAGAAUAUGAAGAUACACAAGCUGCUUUGGUGACCGUGUCGGAAGUUGCAGAUCAGGCCAAUGACAACCUCAAACAGGGGGAGAACUUGCUGCGUCUGGUCCACAUUGAGUACAGUGUCAAAGGCAAGAGGGAUCUCCUCAAGCCCGGAAGGGUGUUUGUCAAAGAGGGCACACUGAUGAAGGUCUCCAGGAAAAGCAGACAGCCCAGACAUUUGUUUUUGAUGAAUGACAUAAUGCUCUAUACCUACCCUCAGCAAGAUGGGAAAUAUAGGCUGAAGAACACCCUGUCUCUAUCUGGGAUGAAGGUGAGCAAACCAGCUCUGGACAAUGUGCUAAACUGCCUGAGGAUUGAGGUGUCUGACAUCACCAUUACACUGUCUGCCAGUUCGGUUGUAGAGAGAGAGGACUGGUUCCACAUGCUGAGCCGAGCCAUAGCAGACCACGCAGCGGGGCUCUGUACGAUUGGAGGACCCUGCAGUGAGGCCCGUGAGAAGCUGUGGAUGGCCCUGGGCGAGGCGGCUCCAGUGCUGGUUCCAGUAUCCCAUGCGAUGAUGUGUAUGAACUGUACCUCCGACUUCAGCCUCACACUCAGACGACACCACUGCAACGCCUGUGGCAAGGUGGUGUGCCGUUCUUGUUCCAGGAACCGAUACCCAUUGAAGUACCUCAAAGACAGGGUGGUCAAAGUGUGUGAUCACUGCUAUGCCGAGCUCAGGAAAAGAGGUGGCAGUGUACAAGGGGCUUGUGGUAACUCCAGCCCUCAUUCUCACCGGGCCAGCCGUCCCCUCUCUGCUGUCUUCCAGAGCCUGCAGCCCCAAAGCCUAUGGAGGAACAGAAAGAGUAGCUCCCCUCUAAACCAGGUGUCACUGGGGGCAGAGGGCUCCACUAUGAGUGGCAGUUUGCAGCGCCGAAAGAAGAGCAAGAGGAAGUGGAAGAGGCUGUGGUUCCUUCUCAAAGACAAGGUGCUCUACACCUUCACAUCCCGUGAGGACAAAGUGGCUUCAGAGAGUCUCCCUCUGCAGGGCUUCACCGUCAAGAUGUCUGAGAGGCCAGACGGGGAGGAGAGCAACAAUAUCUUCCAGCUCUACCACAAAAAGACCCUCUACUAUACCUUCAGAGCAGAUGACCAACAUAUUGCACGCAGAUGGGUCAAUGCCAUGGAGGAGGCUACAGUUUUAUAGCACCCACUUUACUAGACACACAAGCGCUGUUGUCCACAACUGCCUGAACUCGACCCCCAUCUCCUUGUUGGAGUACAACAUAGCUACCUGCUAAGAACGUCAAUAAGGAUUAUCAAGUCUGGCCUGUUGCAGAUUACUUUCCACUAAGUGAUAAUUAGUUUGUAUUAGGUGGGCAGUAUUGCCCAUGUGCUGAAGUGAAGUGAGCCCUGAGGACUGGGCUAAUUGGAGGUGAGAAAAUUUGAAGAGGAACCUCUUACUGGAGAAUGAUAUAACGUAUGAAAGCCAUUUUUAUUCACAUCCUCAUUCACUGCUCCAGUAGAGCUCUUGAAGAAGCCUUCACUUUUGCAGGCGCAGUUCAUUCUACGUCACACAUUUCAUUACUUAGCCCAAGAGAAGAUCAUUCCACUCCGAUGCUUGCACAGUAAUACAGAGGCUGACUUACAACAUUGAUUUUACAAGUCAAGCUGUGCUCUAUUCAUUGUAUGCCGCCAUUAUUGAGAAUGCUCUGUGAUUCCACUGGAUUAUAGCAAGCUACUCUUUCAUCUCUGUAGGGAAAACCUCACAUCCUUCAUUUUUGUAUAUGAGACAGAAUUCGAUGGAGUUUAUUUGCUUUAUGGUGCAGCAGAAAUGCAAAAAUGUUAUAGUCAAACUCAGUGCCACAUCAGUAUUUAGAGCCUGCAUAAGGGAAAAAAAUAAUUGCCAACAUUUUAGAAUAUGUAAGAGAUAUGCCAGAGAUAUUUGGUAUUUUGAAUAUAUAUGGUGACGUAUACAAUGCAGAUGUAUUUGUACAGAAAUGAUGUUACGCAAGGUUUUGAGUAAGAGAGCAUUUUAAUCGACACAAUGAGUGUACGUUAUAUUUCUUGUGCAGUGUUUCUCUUAGCUAUUGGAGAAAGACCUAGCAUGCUAAGUGAUGGAACAGUAUUUCUAUAAUGAUGAACAGUUUUUUAAUAUUGGUCCCAUGGUUUUAAAGUGCCAGUUUAUUUCUUUCAGUUGAAUGCAGUACAGUACCACUUGCACUGGUAGAAAUGAAUGUGCCUGAUAUGAAAUUGUACCCGUUGUUAAUUUGUAUGUCAUCACAGUACUGUACCACUGUCACGUCUUGCAAAGAGAGGUGAUAACAUUCUAUCCGAAAUGACUCUUCUACCCUGUAACCUUAUAGCAUUUCGAAUGAGUUUCUGACAUCCAGUUACAAGUCAUAGAAGAAUAUACUAUAGCGCCGUGUUAAUAUACUGCUUUUUACAUGUUGUGUAUAUAUACUGCCAUAUGAACAUAAUGGAAACCACUGAAAAGAAAAACCACUGUUAAAACUACCUAUAACCUUUUACUGUUAGUGUUAACUGAGCCAAAUUAAGUGUUUCUAGGGAUGCAAAAUGUGCAUCAAUUCUUACUCUCUGUUGCUAUGCUCCCCUGUUUCAUGCCAAUUGGAGCCAUAUGUAUGCCGCUUUUCAUCCCAGCCAAACAUUACACCAGCUGAUUUCAAAAUUUAGUCCCGACUUCCGUGGCUGACAGUUUGCUAAUUAGUGAGACAAGCUGGUCUUUUUUGUUUGGCUGUACUGAAAUCUUGCAUGCAUGUGUCUCUCAUGGUAUAUAGUCAUACUUUUUUUUUUUUUGCUCUAUUCAGAAUGCAGCUAAACACUUGCUCCUAAAGACGCCUUUGUAUUGCCUAAUUUCUAAAGAACACACUCCCAUUCACCAAGUACUUUUUAACUUUUUUACAGGUUUAGUAUGGGUCAUACCUGUAGUGUUAUCAUGGAUUGUACCUCUUGCAUACAGUGCGUUGUAAAUGUAAAUGUUUCUGUAUAUAGAUGCAUACAAAAAUAAACUCUUGGGA